CGUCGAGAGAGACGGAGGCAAAGAUGGAGGCUUAUCCUUUAGGUGUCGAAAUUUGCGCGCGCUGGGAGUCACGCGCCAGCGAAUUAGCACGCCCCGUCGUCGCACCGCCACCGCCGCACGCCCGAACCCCAACUGCCUAUAAAUCCCCAGACCAACCGACCGACGCCUCCUCCCUUCCUCUCCCCAAUGCAAUCCUUCGCAUCACAAUCGGAACCUUCCAGAAGCUUCGAGGAGCAGAAAGGGAGAGUUCCAUGGAGAAGCAGACCAAGCCGGCGGCCCACCUCGCCGCGCUCCGCUGCGCCAGGGCCUCGCUCCUCCUCGCCUCCCUCCGCCGGCCCCGCGCGCCGCCGGAUCGCCGGAGCUCCUCCUCCGUCGCCGCGGAGUGCGCGCCCCUGGCCGCCGACCGCCUCAUUUGUGCCGAGGCGGCGGCCGCGGCGGCUCGGCGCGAGGCCGCCGGGCACGUGCGGCUCGCCGGAUCCGAGCUGCUCCUCGUCCUCGCCGUGGCACCCGCGGUCCUGCUCCUCCUCCUCCUCCUCCUCGCGCUUCUCUAGACAACGGUGGCGUCGGGAGUAGCGCGGGGCAGGAUCCGCGUUCCGACGGCGACCAAAUCCGAAGCGAUUUGGAGUCUCCUCUCCAUUUUGUGCUCCGUGAGUUGCUCGUGUUGUUGCUGUGGUGCGGUGUUGUUCGGCGGAGCAGGUUUGCGAUGGAUUUAAUCUUGCAGCGGAUGCUGCACGCGUCUGUCGAUCUUGGUGUUCAGUUCGUGUGCAGUAGGUGUUCGAUCAAAUUCCCGUUUGAGUCUAGUUGCGUGUAGAUAAGCAGAGUUGUUUCCGUUGCAUGGUCGUCUCGUUGGUGGGCAUGAAUCUUCAAUGCAGCCUUACACGCCUUGAAUUGUUCUUUGCUUCGUUUUCGCUGCGAUGUAUUUUGCGGAUUUCUCUGAGAUAGGGCGCUAGGCAUCAUGUCAGGUGGAUUUGGUUUGAUCAAAUGCAUGUCCCUGUUCAUCAUGUUUGUACAGAGAGAGAGAGCAGAGUGUUGAUUGCAGUGCUCAAUGGCAACUGAAACCAAUGCAUUGUAGCCUGUGGAAGAGAGGUUGCUUGUCUCAUCGACGCGCACGGGUUUGUACUGUUUUCUGAUUGAUGUGGCUAGAUGCAGUGAUAUGCCCUGCAGUUCGACUGCUUUGAUGA